CAUGAUCGUCAUAUGAUAAUAUAUGAUUAUAUUUGUUUAUGCAGACACCGUGUUGUCUAUAAAGUGAAUAUUAUCUUAUAUUAACUCACAAAAUUCAUGUAUAUAUGUCUGAAAUAUUAGAAAAUAAAUCGUUUAUCAUUUAAAAUCUACGUAAUAGAAACGGAUAAUUAUAAAGUUACAGUUAUUUAAUGCGAAUGAUUUAUAAGAUAUUGGACUAUUUUCUCAUGUGUUACAUAACUCAUUAGCAUGAAGUGUUUGUGGGUAAUUGGCCUUGUGUUUUGUGUCUUGCAAUUGUCGUCUGCUCGUAGCGUGAACAGAAAGGGGCACGUGGAGGAAGGAAGCAAGUCGUCACAGAAACAUUCUUGUCGUCUGUUAGAGCUACCCCUGCAGGAAAAUCUUGACUUGAAAAGAUUUGAAGGGAAAUGGUACGGUACUUUCAAAACUGGUAUAGGGGAUUCUCUACUGUCGUACUUCACAGAAAUUUACGACACACGUGUUAGUUUUUAAAAUCAACACCGAGGGUGGUUUUGAUAUGAAUGCAGUCGGGUCAAAAUUCUACGGUGGCUGGUGUCCGAAGGGUAGAGGUAAGGCAGUAAUUCCGGACAAAGAUUACCCGGAGAGAAUGACCAUGUUCUUUGAUACAACUAUAGGUAGAAAAAUAGGCAUGAAACCCGGAUGGAUAUUACGAACUGAUUAUACCAACUACGCAAUAAUCUAUUCAUGUUGGAAAAUACAGUCAAACGGACAAUGUGAUCCUGCAAAUGCAUAUGCAGCUGUCAUUCAACGAAGUACGAAACCAUUGCCGCCAAAUAAACAAGCGGAAGUGGAAAAUGCCUUAAAAUCGGCAUGCGUGGACAUCCGGAAGUUGACGCCUGUAAAUCAUUACGGAUACUGUACAGGACAUGAUGGACUGUAAAAUUUA